UUAGCAGCGGUCCCGGCGGGCCAGUCCCCGCUCCUGUGGAUCAUGAAGCCAUUGCUGCCUGCACUCCACGCGUGUCUACGUGGCAAGGAAGGAGGAGUCUCGUCCGUGGAAGGAGGGGCAGCGCGGCUCUCUAUACAGCGUUAAAAUGUCGUCGGAAACCAGUAAAACAGAAGCUGGAGUAGAAAGGAUUGCAGACCUUGUGUUGACUGAUGAUGGCGAAUCGAACCCAGAAGAAACAGCGGAACUUGGAACCCACGAGGAAGGAACGUGCGAUGCCGGGUCCUGGGCUUCUAAACCAGAAGAAACAGCGGAACUUGGAACCCACGAGGAAGGAACGUGCGAUGCCGGGCCCUGGGCUUCUAACCCAGAAGAAACAGCGGAACUUGGAACCCAUGAGGAACACGAGGAAGGAACGUGCGAUGCCGGGUCCUGGGUUUCUAACCCAGAAGAAACAGUGGAACUUGGAACCCACGAGGAACACGAGGAAGGAAUGUGCGAUGCCGGGUCCUGUGUGAUGUCUAAAGAGCCCGAGUAUCCCGCAAAAGAAGGACCCGCAAGUAAACUAGAAUGCUGCGACUCCGUGAGCUUGGAGCCAGCGGCCCAACACGAGGGACCUCGGGAAGAGGAUAACAAUCAGGACGCUGACUCUUCAACAGCCGGAAGUGGAUGGAGUUCAUGGGGGACGUGGGGCAAGACCCUCUUGUCAUCAGCCAGUGCCACAGUAGGGCACAGAUUGUCUGCUGUCAAAGAAAAAGCAGGAGCCACGUUACGAAUGCGAAACUCUGAGUCUGAAGAAAGCAGCGUUACUGAUGCCACCGAGGUCCGAGACGAAGUCGAGGGAGCAUCAGAGAAUCAGGACCGUGCCACGGAACCAGCAUCGCCUACAUCCCGCGGAGUUCUGUCGGCUCUCACUAACGUUGUGCAGAACACGGGUAAAACUGUUUUGACUGGAGGUCUAGAUGCAUUGGAAUUCAUCGGUAAAAAGACAAUGAAUGUUCUUGCAGAAAGUGACCCGGGAUUCAAAAAGACUAAAAUUCUAAUGCAGAGGACGGUAUCCUUGUCACAGAUGCUGAGAGAAGCUAAAGAAAAAGAGAAGCAAAGAUUGGCGGAGCAGGUCACCGAAGAGAAGACGGCUCACUACGGAGUCCUGUUCGACGACUAUCAAGGCUUGUCUCAUCUGGAGGCUCUGGAAAUUCUGUCGAAUGAGAGUGAAUCUAAGGUUCAGUCUUAUUUAUCGUCUCUAGAUGGUGAUAAUUUGGAAUCACUAAAAGCCGAGCUUAUUGCCAUCAAGGAGAUCUUCCUCCAGAAAGACUCUGAGAGCGAAGUACAAGAGACCUGUGAAAAAGGAGAGGAGACAGAAGAAUUUGCCAGCAUGCUUACUGAACUGCUCUUUGAACUACACGUUGCUGCUACCCCUGACAAGCUCAACAAGGCUAUGAAGAAAGCGCAUGACUGGCUGUCCACGGAAAUGUCUCUCACAGAAGAGCAGCCGGGGAAAUGUGAUUCUCUUGUUGAAGUAAAAGAUACUGAAACUGAGGCAAAUAAUGACGAUAACACUGAUGUCAAGAAAAGCAUGAACACGGAGGACGCGUACAUGCUGUCUAUUGGAAGUCUGGCUGAGAUUACCGCUCGCUGCAUUGAGCAGCUUCACAAAGUAGCAGAAUUAAUACUCCACGGGCAAGAUGUGGAAAAGCCAGCGAAAGACCAAGCGGUGGUUUUAACAAAGUUGACCGGCGCUAUGUGUAAGGAGGUAUCUGCUUUAGCAAAGAAGUUUUCCGACUGUGUAACAUGCGCUGGUAGCAAAACAAAAGCAGAGGUCCUGAAUCCAAUGGUCACCAGCAUACAACGAGAGGGAUGCAACAGCACCAUGUACAUCCAAGAUGCCUUCAGACUGCUGCUUCCGGUUAUGCAUUUCUCACACAUCAAGGCCAUCAGUUCGAAAGCAUAGGUGCUUCUUCUCUCCGCGGACCGGCAUGUGUCAUCUACCAAAAAAUACAGCCACCUUCACGUGUCCUGCUGCUGGGAAGGGCAUGAUGAGUUAAAUGCAGUUUUUGCACAAU